AAACUUUCUCAUCACAAGCGCUCUUUAUAUUUCAACAACACCCUCACCGAUUAAACAGACAAAAUUCAAUUUUAGUCUCAUUUUCUCUCUCUCCCGUUUUUUUCUCAGCCUCGACACAGACGACGACUCAAAGCAAUGGCGUCCGAAAAAGAGACGGCUGGGUCCGGAUCUGCCGCGGCAAUCAACGGCGGCGAAGCCCUAGAACCACCGAAGCGGAAGAUAGCUCUGAUCACCGGCAUAACGGGGCAGGAUGGGUCGUAUCUAACGGAGUUUCUCCUGAACAAGGGGUACGAAGUCCACGGUCUGAUCCGACGAUCUUCCAAUUUCAAUACCCAACGCCUCAAUCACAUCUACAUCGAUCCUCACAACUCCCAUAAAGCUCGAAUGAAGCUCCACUACGCCGACCUCUCCGACGCCUCCUCCCUACGCCGCUGGAUCGACACCAUCGCCCCCGACGAGGUCUACAACCUUGCUGCCCAGUCCCACGUCGCCGUUUCCUUCGAGAUCCCGGAUUACACCGCCGAUGUGGUGGCCACGGGCGCCCUCCGCCUCCUCGAAGCCGUCCGAUCCCACAUCAUGGCCACCGGCCGAUCUCACAUUCGGUACUACCAAGCCGGAUCCUCGGAGAUGUUCGGAUCCACUUCGCCUCCCCAAUCGGAAACCUCUCCAUUUCACCCCCGAUCCCCUUACGCGGCCUCUAAAUGCGCCGCUCAUUGGUACACCGUGAACUACCGAGAAGCCUACGGGCUCUUCGCCUGCAAUGGGAUUCUGUUCAAUCACGAAUCCCCACGGCGGGGUGAGAAUUUCGUGACGCGAAAGAUUACACGAGCCGUGGGGAGGAUCAAGAUUGGGUUGCAGAGCAAACUGUUCAUGGGGAAUUUGCAGGCUUCGAGAGAUUGGGGUUUCGCGGGGGACUACGUGGAAGCGAUGUGGAUGAUGCUGCAGCAGGAGAAGCCGGACGAUUACGUGGUGGCGACGGAGGAGUCACACACGGUGGAGGAGUUCUUGGAGGUGGCAUUUGGGUCUGUGGGGUUGAAUUGGAGAGAUCAUGUGGUGAUUGAUAAGAGGUACUUUAGACCUGCUGAGGUUGAUAACCUUAAGGGUGAUUCUAGCAAAGCAAGGAAGGUGCUUGGUUGGAAGCCCAAGGUGGAUUUUGAGCAGUUGGUGAAGAUGAUGGUUGAUGAGGAUAUUGAAUUGGCUAAGAGGGAGAAGGUGCUUGUGGACGCGGGCUAUAUGGACGCACAGCAGCAGCCUUGAUUCAACCUAUUUCUUCCUCCAAUUUUGCUUUCAUAUAAAGCCAAUCUGCUUCUCGGUUGUUUGAAUUCAAAGGUUUUAGGUCUAAUAUAGUUAGCUUGAUUUCGAAGAUGGGUAUUUAUUAUUGGUGUUUAUUGUAAUUUCCCUAUUUUUAUUUGUUCUUUCUUGUUACGGGUUUUUAGAUUUACUGUUAAACCCAUUCAUACAAUUUCGGUAAUUCCAUAAUUGAACUAUUAUUUGUAUUCUGGGAUC